AACAACAACAACAAUCUAAUGUAGCACUCAAAAAACCUUCUCAACCUACUCCUUCUCAACUCAAUACAACGCUUGUUGAAUCUAUUACUCAAAAAAACAACUUGAAGCAAUACAUAGAUCGUGAUGAAUCCUACCAAAGGACAUUGGACAAGCAGCAUUAUUGUCAUGUUGAAUUAGCCAAAUCCAAAAAACAAGAAAUUGACCUGGCUCAUCGUGUCAGAAAGACUCGAGUGCAGCAACGAGGAUUAUUUUUUGGUAAAGGUUAUGAUGGUUAUGGUAAUGGCAAGACAGACAUCCAUACGACAAGAGUUAUGUAUCCUAAUGAAAAGAAGCAUAGACGACAACAGGUUCGAAUUCCUUCUGAGCAAUGUAAAGAACAAGCAAAGAAACAAGAAGUACUGGUUCCUAUUCGUUUGGAUUUGGAACACGAUGGAUAUAAAAUACGAGAUACAUUCACAUGGAACAAGAAUGAGACGUUUAUUACACCUGAACAGUUUGCAGAGAUUACAUGCGAGGAUUUGCGUUUGCCUGUGCUUGCAAUGAGUCCCUUAAUUGCAACCAGUAUUAGAGAACAAAUUCAAGACUUUGAUUUACAGUGCACGAUAGAACAAAAAGAGAAAGUCAAUCCUUAUCAACACUUUAUAGAAUCAAGAGACCAACCUCCUUUAUCAGAACCUGUACAUGAUAAACAAGUAGACUUUAGAACUAUUAUCAAACUUGAUAUCAUAGUGGGAAAUCGAGUGCUACAUGAUCAGUUUGAAUGGGAUAUUGCCUGUCAACAGAAUUCACCAGAAUCAUUUGCAGAGAACAUGGUGACUGAAUUAGGUCUUGGUGGUGAAUUCAAAACGGCCAUUGCUCACUCGAUUCGUGAACAAGUCCAUAUCUAUCUGAAGUCCUUGUUAUUGAUAGACCAUGAUAUGCAAACACCUGUUGAUCAUGACGAACUGAAACGUAGUUUCUUGCCUCCCUUACAGAAUAUUGUUCGACGCAGCCAAACGGUAGAACGAUUUACACCUUCCUUGAUUGAAUUAACAGAAGCAGAAGUAGACAAGAUCGAAAAGGAUCGCACAAGAGAAUCCAGACGUAAAAGAAGAAAUACGCGUAAUAGAAAGGGUGUGGUUGCAUUACCUGAACGUGAACAUAUUCCUACAUUCCGUACUAUUUUUGCUACACCACCAGAACAAGACAUGACAGAUGAGCAAUUCCUAAAAAGUAUGCAGACUGAACCUACAUUAUAUCAUAGUCAAAGAAAGAGUGCUGCUAAAGCACGUCAAAGUAUUGCUGCAGAAGCUGCUGGUCUUCCUUUGAUAGAAUCUGAUAGUGUGAAUCCACCCUCUGUACCUAAUACUUUUGUGAGUCCUCAAUGGCGUUGUAUAGAUUGUGGUUGUUCUCCUUAUAUGACCAGUUUGAUUCGUUCAAGUAGUUUAGGUGAAAAUUCACUCUGUAAUGCAUGUAGUCUCUAUCGAUUCAAGUUUAAUGCCAUUCGUCCUAAAAACUAUACAGACAAGGAAAUCAAGAAUGACAUACCCCAUUUAGCAGACUGGCAAAACCAUUUAAUAAAGCACAGAUAAUCAUCA